CUCUCUGCUUGCUUUUGCCGCCACGGCCCUUUUGGCUACCCAGGCCCAAGCCCACGUUGGUAUGACCGUCUUCACCACCGAUGUAAGUAAUCCAAAGCAUGCUGGUUGAUACGUCGAGAAGAAAAAAGUUAUUAAAUCAGAUAAAUGGCGAUUUACAGGAAGAUCUGUACUUGACUACCGGUAUCCGUUUACCUCACGGUUGUCGCAGCAAUGGUGCUCUUGCUCGCGCGGUGGUGGUGGAAAUUCCCAACGCUGUGACGCGCCUCCAAGUGCAGUGGAUCCCUGGCUGGAAUUCGACCGUGAACUACAGACAAUUGAACCCUCCCAGAGAAGAGAAUGGCAAGCAAGUCACCCAAGCACCUUCCAGCGUGCGAUGGGAAGGCGGUCCAUUGCCAGCAGGCCACUUCCUCGAUUUUAACAUGCGUAUUCGUAUUCCUGACAUUGAAAAGGACCGCGACACAUUGUACUUCCCUACCUCGGUAGAGUGUGAUGGCGCUCGCGAUCUCUGGAACCAGAUCCCGGAUACACCAGGUUACGAUAAGGACUCCGAGUUCCACGCUCCCCUGAUCCACGUUGGUUCCGCCGUGAACAAGAUCGAUACCCCCUGGGUUGAAAGCAAAACACACAAGGAAAUGGCAUCGGCUGGUACGACGCUCUUUGAUAAACGUUCCGUGGCUGCAGGUCUGGCCGUCUCGGCUGCCGCCGCAGUGUUCCAUUUGGCUUAAAUAUCUUUAUAAACCAACUAUUGAUUUCUUACUAUUACUAAAAUAAAAAAAUAAAUAUCUGAAAAUUUU